GAUUCGAUGCGUUUAUCAUACAUCACUGCCAUAUUGUAGUUAAUUUCGCGGUAGUUAAGUUUAUGGGGACCAACACAAGCCAAUUGUAUCACGCUCUGACCCAUGCCAUGCGUAUCAUACCCUGACUCUGAACAACCACUCCCCUUCGUGGCUCGUGGAAAAUUACCAGCUUACAAUCAGCACAAGUACAAGCUCCAACAUCCGCCUCACGGACUCGAUGCCCUCGAUCUCCUUCAGUCCACCGUGAAAUUAAUUUUUCCGAUCAUGUAUACAAUUACCAAGCGACCACUGUUAAAUAUCAAUAGCAACGCUCGAAAAAGAUAUAAACGCGAGUGUUUUUCGGAUGAGUCGCGCGACAUACCCAACUCAGAACUUGCAUUUAAAACAGCAACAAAUAAACAAAUAAUGCACGAGCGUAAUAUUAUCACAAAUUACAAGUCCAUUCUGCACGCAGUUUGCCUUCUUUUUCUCUAAACGGGCGGAGCAGUCGCGUGGGCGCCCGAAAGAGUUGAGAUUGAUUGACGUGCGCGCUGUCCAAUGGAGCGCGAGAAAGGACGUGCUUAGCAACGCUGCGGCCAAUAGCACGCUCCCAUGGGCGUGACGUUAAUCCAAACUUUUCGCGGCGCCAUCGGCUGAAAACUAAACCGAGAUGGAAUCUCCCAGUCUGAACCGGUUUCAACCGGUUACGAGUUUGUUGCUUAUGAGAAGAAGAGGCACAGGCUCAGUCUCUAAUACCGCCCUAGUGCAAAUAUAUACUUCAGUACAGAGCACAUUUCUUAAUUAAGGUUAACUUUGUUUCGUAAAAUGAACCGGACUGAGAAAAUAUUGAACUCGCCGUGAUUGUUGGUGCGGAAUUCACAUCCUAGUGGUCCUUAUAUCAAGCGAGUAGCUCGUGUAGUCUUCACAGAGGAAUAGUGUGGCUGGCCAGUCAACGGCUCAUCCUAAAGCUUUUUUGCCAGAAAGCGUGUACAAACAGGCACCAACGAUACUGGAUCAAAUAAACAUAAUUUUAGCAACUCUGGCAGACAAGCCCACCUUCUUUCUCUCAAAGGCUUGGACUUUAGAGCUCUAUGCCAGCAAUUAUGACAAUGUUAGCCGACCACGCAGCCAGACAGCUGCUGGACUUUAACCAGAAACUGGAUAUCAACCUGCUGGAUAAUGUGGUCAACUGCCUGUACCAUGGAGUCGGGCCACAGCAAAGAAUGGCCCAGGAGGUGCUGACUCAUUUGAAGGAGCACCCAGAUGCGUGGACACGAGUUGACACCAUUCUAGAGUUCUCUCAGAAUAUGAACACCAAAUACUAUGCUCUGCAGAUUCUGGAAACAGUUAUUAAAACAAGAUGGAAGAUUCUGCCCAGAAACCAGUGUGAAGGCAUUAAAAAGUAUGUUGUGGGCCUCAUUAUCAAGACUUCAUCAGAUGCAGCCAAUGUUGAGAAAGAAAAGGUGUACAUUGGAAAACUCAACAUGAUAUUAGUACAGAUCCUGAAGCAGGAGUGGCCAAAACACUGGCCCACAUUUAUCAGUGACAUUGUUGGAGCAAGCCGCACCAGUGAGAGCCUUUGCCAGAACAACAUGAUCAUUCUGAAACUUCUCAGUGAAGAGGUGUUUGACUUCUCCAGUGGCCAGAUGACUCAAGUGAAAGCCAAACACCUGAAAGACAGCAUGUGCAACGAGUUCUCUCAGAUAUUCCAGUUGUGCCAGUUUGUGAUGGAAAAUUCCCAGAAUGCUCCACUUGUGCAUGCUACCUUAGAGACUCUGCUGAGGUUUCUCAACUGGAUUCCCUUGGGCUAUAUCUUUGAAACUAAACUCAUCAGUACUCUGGUGUACAAGUUUUUAAACGUGCCGAUGUUUCGCAAUGUGACACUGAAGUGCUUGACUGAGAUAGCAGGAGUCAGUGUCAGCCAGUACGAAGAACAGUUCGUCAGUCUCUUCACUCUGACCAUGAUGCAGCUCAAACAGAUGCUUCCACUGAACACCAACAUCCGGCUGGCGUAUGCAAACGGUAAAGAUGACGAGCAAAACUUCAUUCAGAACCUCAGCCUGUUCCUCUGCACCUUCCUCAAAGAGCACGGACAGCUGAUAGAAAAGAGACUGAACCUCAGAGAGACGCUUAUGGAGGCUUUACAUUACAUGUUGCUGGUGUCAGAGGUUGAGGAGACCGAGAUCUUUAAGAUCUGUUUGGAGUACUGGAACCACCUUGCAGCUGAGCUGUACAGAGAGAGUCCUUUCUCAACGUCCACUUCUCCCCUACUCUCAGGGAGUCAACACUUUGAUGUACCGCCCCGCAGACAACUCUACCUACCUGUGCUGUCUAAGGUGCGUUUGUUGAUGGUGAGCCGAAUGGCCAAGCCAGAGGAAGUGCUGGUGGUGGAGAACGAUCAGGGUGAGGUGGUUCGAGAGUUCAUGAAGGACACAGACUCCAUCAACCUUUACAAGAACAUGAGGGAAACACUUGUUUAUCUUACCCAUCUGGAUUAUGCUGACACAGAGCGUAUUAUGACAGAAAAGCUUCAUAAUCAGGUGAACGGUACAGAGUGGUCCUGGAAGAACCUGAACACACUGUGCUGGGCUAUUGGUUCCAUCAGUGGAGCCAUGCAUGAAGAGGAUGAGAAGCGGUUCCUUGUAACUGUCAUAAAGGACCUGCUGGGUCUAUGUGAGCAGAAGAGAGGCAAGGAUAACAAGGCCAUCAUUGCCUCCAACAUCAUGUACAUAGUGGGCCAGUACCCACGGUUCCUACGCGCGCACUGGAAAUUCCUGAAGACUGUCGUCAAUAAAUUGUUUGAGUUUAUGCAUGAAACCCAUGAUGGAGUGCAGGACAUGGCGUGUGACACGUUCAUUAAGAUAGCUCAGAAGUGCAGGAGGCAUUUUGUGCAGGUGCAGGUGGGAGAGGUGAUGCCCUUCAUUGAUGAGAUCCUCAACAACAUCAACACCAUCAUCUGUGACCUGCAGCCCCAGCAGGUCCAUACGUUUUAUGAAGCUGUCGGCUAUAUGAUUGGAGCACAGACCGACCAGGCUGUACAGGAACACCUGAUAGAGAAGUACAUGUUGUUGCCCAACCAGGUGUGGGACAGCAUUAUUCAGCAGGCAACCAAGAAUGUGGACAUCUUGAAAGACCCGGAGACAGUGAAGCAGUUGGGCAGCAUCCUGAAGACCAACGUCAGAGCUUGUAAAGCCGUGGGACACCCUUUUGUUAUUCAGCUGGGUCGCAUCUACCUGGACAUGCUCAACGUAUACAAGUGCCUCAGUGAAAACAUCUCUGCUGCCAUCCAGACCAACGGUGAGAUGGUGACAAAGCAGCCUCUCAUCAGGAGCAUGCGCACGGUGAAGAGAGAGACUCUGAAGCUGAUCUCAGGCUGGGUCAGCCGCUCCAAUGACCCACAGAUGGUGGGGGAGAACUUUGUCCCUCCCCUGUUGGAUGCUGUGCUCAUUGAUUACCAGCGCAAUGUCCCAGCAGCAAGAGAACCGGAAGUGCUUAGUACCAUGGCAACAAUCGUAAACAAACUGGGUGGACACAUUACUGGAGAGAUCCCACAGAUAUUUGAUGCAGUGUUUGAGUGCACAUUAAACAUGAUCAACAAAGAUUUUGAAGAAUACCCAGAACACCGGACGCAUUUCUUCUACCUGCUGCAGGCGGUGAACUCUCACUGUUUCCCAGCAUUCCUGGCCAUCCCACCAGCCCAGUUUAAGCUUGUGCUCGACUCCAUUAUAUGGGCUUUUAAACACACUAUGAGAAACGUGGCAGACACUGGCCUUCAGAUUCUCUACACGCUGCUGCAGAACGUGGCCCAAGAGGAGGCGGCAGCUCAGAGCUUCUAUCAGACAUACUUCUGUGACAUCCUACAACACAUCUUCUCUGUUGUCACGGAUACAUCACAUACAGCCGGUUUGACCAUGCACGCUUCUAUUCUGGCGUACAUGUUUAACCUUGUUGAGGAAGGAAAAAUUAGUGCAACUCUGAACCCCACAAACCCAGUAAACAACCAAGUAUUCAUCCAGGAGUAUGUGGCCAACUUGCUCAAAUCAGCUUUCCCCCACUUACAAGAUGCCCAGGUGAAAGUAUUUGUGACUGGCCUGUUCAGUUUAAACCAAGACAUCCCAGCAUUUAAAGAACACUUGAGGGAUUUCCUUGUACAGAUCAAGGAAUUCGCAGGCGAGGACACCUCUGACCUGUUUCUGGAGGAGAGGGAGGCUUCGCUGCGCCAGGCCCAGGAGGAGAAACACAAGCUGCAGAUGUCUGUGCCUGGCAUCCUCAAUCCUCACGAAAUACCCGAGGAGAUGUGCGACUGAGUCCGCAUGCGAACACACAGCACACACACACUUCGCUGACUCCUAAACAAACUAAACACACAACUAAAGCGGUGUUGUGGCUGCUCUUCUGUGGGCCGUCUGUGUGUUUUCUCCUAAGUGUGUGUGUGUGAGUACUUUAGGCUCUUCCUGUGAGGAGGCGAUUUCCGCACUUGGCUGUCUCUUGACCAAAACCAUGCCAAUAUGUAAACGAUACCGUCACCCAGUGGCCCUAUUUGCAUAGUAUGCGUUUCAUACAGACACUUUUAUGUAUUACCUUUCCAUUUGUUAACUGCUUACGUUUGGUCACUGUACUCCGAACGGUGCAUGAAGUGUCACAUCUGUACAAUUAACUCGCUUGUGCUCCCUUUUUUUUUUUUUUUGCCCCCUUCUAUUUCCUUCUCUCCUUCCACACAUUAUGUAUUUGUAUUAUCAUUUAUAAAGACCAGAGUGCAGUUUGUUGUGUUUGAAGAGAGCUGUAUGUGUUCUGGCAGCGGGUAGAUGGUGCCUGGUGUCAGUGUGUGGGCCAAUGAGCGGCGCACCUGGUCCAGCCAAUGAGAAUGUCAACGAAUGUCUGUGACUGGUGAGUUUGCAGAGGUGCUACACGCUCAUUGGUUGGCGUUUUGUGUGUGUUGGGAAGCCAGAAGUGGUUCGGGACUAAAGUAGCUCUCAGCAGAAUGUGAAGCAGAUCGCCGAGUCGUACGGUCUGAUAGAUGCUGCUGUGGUUGUGAAUGGGACUUCGAAGUGGCUCUCUCCGUUUGCUUUUUCUACAUGGGAGCAGCCCUCCAUAUGUUCAUAUCAGCAUCACUGUACAGCAUCUUUACUACCAUGGGAACACGCAGAUGUUUCGUCCUGUUUUGUUGUGGGUGUGCGAGCGUGCGUGCGUGUUGUCGCUAAGCCGACAUCAGGUUUUUUGUUUUCCUCAAUGAGGACAGUUGCUCCUUUUGUGAGCUUUCAUGAAAUUGAAGUUUAAAAAAAAAGUGGUUGAAAUAUUUAUGGGUUCUUGUAGGCUACACCUUUAUAACCGCUCAUGUUAACUCACUCAGAGACUGCUUUGGAGUUUUUUGACUUGUACUAAUUUACAUUGUUUACCAUGCUGUAGUGCUGCAGGACACUACGUAGAGCAAAAUAAAUCUCAGUUUACAUUUAAUUUUGUAUUUUUGCAUUUUUCAUUUAUAUCUAAGUCCUGUCCAAAUAAAACAAGAGUUUUAUUUAGAGAAAAUGACGUAAAUGCCAACAUUCUCAUUAGGAAGAAGAAUGUACCAAUCCAAAUACUGAUGAUCAGUGGUGAAUUUCCCCUUUACUAUGUGUUGCAUUUGUUGUGAAACUUUUUGAACUGAUUAAAGUUGGAAGAAUUUUAUAA